UCGUCUCAUACAUUCAGCUGAAAUUGGAAUCCGCCGCCAUUCUUCUCUUUACCACUUAUUUAUUUUUGCAGAUGAGUAAUCGAAUCAAAAAGGCAGCUAACCUGUGAGUCUGACCUAAUGAUAGUGGACAGAUAAAAGGCGAAGAUAGCGUUGGUGUGCCCGAACCUCAACCAUAGCAAACGAACGUUAUUUCGUGACUCGCCAUUCUAAUGACUGAUUAGCGGUGACUUCAUACGUAUAAUAGCAAAUAUAUGUGGAAUUGUAUCAUAAUAACGACAGAGUCGUAGUACAAAAAUAGGGUAUACUAGUUUUGUUAGUGAUACUGUUGGUUGGUUGUGUUAAUGCUGAUGCUGCUGGGUCGAAACGAGUGUUCUUGAAUGUGUAAAAAUCAGUGAACCCUUGACGGAACAAUGUGCGAGAUAUUUAGCACGCGAUGACAUAAUAGAAACUGAUUAAAGACUACUAAGAAAACGACAGAUCAGUGUAACUCAACAGCUGUCAGUUUGUAUGGCAUGGCCGCCGAAGGCACAGGCUUUGAGCUGCACCAAGCGGUCUUUAAACACGAUGUCCAAAAGGUGGCAGAGCUUGUACGGACGACUGAUCUCUCGCUUAAGGACAAAUAUGGAAAUACGCCGCUGCAUCUUGCUGUGAUGCUAGGAUAUAAUGAAAUCGUGAAUUUACUACUAGCAAAUGGAGCUACUGUACAGGUUCGAAAUGCUCAAGGAUGGACACCUCUCCGGGAAGCAGUAAGCCGUGGAGAUCGUCAGUUGAUAGGCGGGCUUCUUCGAAAGUUGAAGCAGCAAUCACGGGAUACGAUGCAAGGGCGGAGACCUGAUCUAUUGAACAUGCUAUCUGCUAUAGGAGACUUUUAUAUGGAAUUAAAAUGGGAUUUCCAGAGCUGGAUUCCAUUAGUAUCAAGGAUCCUUCCAUCGGACACCUGCCGAAUUCAAAAACGGGGCAACUCGAUCCGGAUGGACACAACUCUCAUUGACUUUCAAGACAUGAAAUGGGAACGUGGCGAUAUCACUUUUCUUUUGCAAGGCAACUGCCAGCCUGGAAAAAUGGUCGUUGUUUUGGAUAAUACGCAAAAGGUUUUUCAAAUGGUGCGCUACCCGGAAAGUGAGGCUGAACUGGAGGAUGAAAUCGAUAUGUUAAUGAGCACAGAUAUUUUGUCUGCCCACUUCUCGACAAAGAAUGUCACCUUUUCACGCGUGCAGACUGGGUGGCUGUUACGGGAAAGUCGUACGGAAAAGGUAUCGCGCUUCUUAGCAGACUUUUAUCACGUACACGGAUUAGAGUUUGAAUGGCGAAAAAGACGAGAACAUCUGUCUGAACAGGAUCUCAUUAACCAGAAGGCCAUGGUGGAUAGUAUCAAAGGUGGCAAAACGUCAGCGCUUGCCGAAAUCGAACAUCCAACUCGUCGUGAAUCGCUGCCACCUCCACCGCCUUGUACGCUGACAUGGGAUGAUUAUAUAAACAAUAAUAAUAACGAAGACGCUCCCAUACUUGGCAGGACGCCUGUAUGCAAGUACACACGAAAAAGUUUUAAGGCCGUCGUUGCCAUGAGCAACGACUUCCCUAUGUCGGUUGAGCAUUUGCUCAACAUCCUUGAGUUUAUAACGCCGUUUAAGCACUUCAAUAAACUUCGAGAGUUUGUUGAAAUGAAGCUUCCAUCGGGAUUCCCCGUCAAGAUUGAGCUGCCGAUUCUGCCCACAGUCACAGCGCGGGUGACCUUCCAGGAGUUCGAGUUCCGUGACAAUCUUCAUCCGCAGUUGUUUCACAUUCCACAGGGUUACCGAGAAGACAAAGGUCGUUUUCCAGGCCUUUAACAUUUGACACAGAAACAAUUUGAGUGAAUAAACAUAUGAACGCACAGGCAAAUGAAAACAAAAAAUAGAACGAAAAGUGACUGAAUAGUGAGUGGAAUUGCAUAACUUAGGGUUGACACUUGAAAGCCCUGACCGUAAAGAUCCAGAAUAAUCUCUAAGCCAAUAAUAUUGGCCGUCGGAUUAAGGCAGCCCAGCGAAAUGGUCAGUCUACCGCAGCAAUAAGUGGUCGUCGAACUCUAAGUUCAAGUUUGAGAAUCGAGCUCAAAGCUCGUAUUGACGUUGUGAAUAACUAAAUCCAUAGCUUUAGAUGCAAGAUUUGAGAAACUGGCCGGCAAAAUCGGUCACUGUUAUUUUCACUCCGUAGGUAUCUGAAAGACUCAUUCUUCGCAUGGUCAUGCGUUCAUCAGUUAUUGUCCAUCGUUCGAAAAUAUGUGAAGCAACAUUCGUUCAAUUAGGUGCCAUUGCACUGGCCACGUGGGUAUAUAGGGUAAUGCAUCAGACAGUACGCAGUAAUUGAUUUCGCUUACUUCCAGUUGCAUUAUUUCGAUUGUAGUUGCGGUGUUCAAAGAAAGACAAAUUCUCAAAUAAUCAAGGACGAAUUUCCAGUCAAUUUAAACUUGAACGUAGAUUUGUCCUGAACUUCUACUAGAACGUGCUUAACGGUACGAUUAUGCUGAAUAUAUUUCAUAUAUUCAGCAUAAUAUUAUUAUAAUUCAUAUAUUUCAUAUUCAGUUUUCCGUAUUAACAGAAAAAAUUGCUUGACAAAUAUUGCUUUUUAAAUCAAGUUUAGAUUAGCACGAAGUUACGAAACGAGCCAAUUGACGACGCCCUAAAUGGAAGUUCUACUACAAAUAAUGUUGUACAGUAUAGCACUGGGUUUGCGUGCAUGUCAAGAGGUCAUGCACCAACUAGUCAGUUUGUUAUCAUAUUGCUACUAGGGAGUUUCUUUUUUAAUAUUGAAGUAUUUAUUUAUACGAUCCCUUACCUUGUUUUUGAGCCAUCCCGUACACCAGAAUACGGACUAUUUACAGGAAGAUAUAUUUCUAUCAUUCUCAACGGCAUACAUAUCAUUCAUUCCUCAGAGUACCUGAUAGCUAUAAUAGACCACAAAUAUAGCCCUUUUUUUGUCGGUGUCCCUCAUAAUCGUAUCUGAUAUGAAAAUAAUUAAUAAUAACAUCAAUCUGAGGCGGUUUUACUAAUUAGAUACACUAUAUAUUGAGGAUAAUAAUAAAAAUCAUCAUAAUAAAAUUGGGGAAAUAAUAAUGGUGAUAAUUAUUAAUAAUAAUGACGACCCUAUAGAAUGUCAGAAAGACCGUUUUGACAAUUUCAAUAAGGGUUAUUACUUAUGCAUUAUAUCUGUCCAGUUUCUUUUAGUCCUAUGCCCAGCGAAUAUACACUGACCUAUUUAGAAGUAUGAUGCUCGGAAGGCUACGGUGUUAACCGGAAGUGGCAUAGCUCAGUGUCCUUUAUUAGCUGGACUCUGUAUACUGUUGGAACAUGAAGUAACUCGGCGCCUUAUUUUUACGGGUUUUUUUUUAAACGUAGAAAUAAUAAGGAGCAACAUAAAAAAAUAAUUUAACAUUCAGUGAUCAGGCUUGUUUCUUUUUUUUAAUACUUAAUAAAAAGCGACUCUAUUUAGCAUUCGGUUGCUGUGUGUAUCCUCAUUGCAUUUCAGCACCUUGUUAUUUUGGUAAAGAUCGUAGUUGCUAUGACGUAAGGAUGUCUUAGUGCACUAGCAUCAAGGAUAGAAGCAAGCUUAUUUUUAUAGUGAGUGCAAAAGGACAAUUUUCGUUAAUGUUUACACUUGUAACAUCCUAGUGUUUUGUUGAAAUGUAUGUAGAUAUGUGCAUGUAUUGCUCCUGGCAACUGAAAGUCAAAAGCCAUUCUAUGCUAAAGCGCUGUUUCUCUGAAGAUCUAGUUGACAAGGAUUAUGAUAAGAGUAAAAUUAUAAUGUGAAGUUCUAACACUAUAAUUAUUUCGAGUCGCCGCAUUUGCGAGACAGAAUAUGUCCCCGUACAGAAUGAGAUACUGAUAAGCAAACGUUAAUCGUUAGUGAAACAAAGAAGAGACUUUAUACUACAAGACGCACUGUCCGACCCUUAAAGUUAUAUGUGGACCAAACCGGUCUAGUUAGCAUGUACGCAAUGGAGUUUUCCUAUUUAACAUUUUGUGUUUAACGUUUCAACAUUUUGUUCGUUAGCUAACCGCCAGUGAGUAUAUAAAUUCGAAUAUAUUCAAUGUCACGGUCGCUUCUAAAACUGCGCGAGACGGGAGAACAGUAUAGUAAGCAGGUAAAUUACGAGAGAAGCCCCCUUUCGCAGUUAGUAAUAAGUAUGUCAUACUUGCUACUUAACGUUAUAGAACAUCAAGGACAUGUCACCCGAUUCACUAAACUAGAGCGCCUCCCCCCUUUUCCACCCCCGCAUUUUAUCACCUAACGACAGCAGCAUACCGGGUUGUAGCAUGGGCGCAUCUUCUAUAGAUAGCAGAUGUGUUGUGACACAACAAGACAAUAACGAAUAAAGUCGUGAAGGCAAAAUGAAAUCAAAUUGAUACUACAAGAAUGACCGAUACAAUCUGCUACCACCCGUUUUAAUUUUACAUUAUAAUUUUAUAUUCUUUGCAUGGUGCACUUAAGUGACUAAAGAAAACGAACAAGGGGACAAAGGGGAACCUAAUUAUAAUGUGCGAUAUGUUGAGCUGCUCGAUAAACGCUUUGACACAUAAUCGAAUGUUUUCCCCUUCAUACUUGAGCAGUGUGACUGUAGUGAAAAAAUCUGGCGCUUAAAUGAUCCUAAAGUUUUUAGGGUGACAAAUUUAUUCUAUCGAAUUCAUUAUACGUUAAGCUUAACAACGUAAAUAAAGUUGAAGAUUAAAGUUGAGAUAAUUUUUCCGAUAUUCUCAUUUCGACAUAUUGUCGUUUCUUACUACCGGAUUGCUAAGGAACAAGUUUAGAUAUUUGUCAAAUCAGCCCCUAUUCAUUUAGUGGGCACCUAACACCUUUAUCGUAGGCAAAAUCACUUGUACUAUACGCCCUCUUUAGUCUAAUCAAUUGAAAAUACACAACAGGUGCACGCAUUUCCGACGAGUUCAUAUUAUUAAAUAAUUUAAUUAGAUAUUUCAUCCAAGAGUUUGUUUUAUGGCCAAGCUUGGUGCAGGCAACAAGGUAAACGGCGGCUCUAUUUUAAUGUUAGGUGCUUCAGUUUUAGCGAAAAUCAUAGCUAUGGUUGUAAAUAGUAGAUGGAAAAAAAAAUUCAAAAAUGUACAUCAAAAAACUAAGAAUGUAUGAGUUUAGACAACAAGUCACAGGUUAA